CUGGGAGGAUGUCACAUGACGUCCUCCCAUUCUAAUCACACAUGCGAGGCUCCGUGAGCGCACAGCACAACGAUUGGUGCCCCAGAAGUGCCAGCUGUCAGUGUCCAUCAGUGCCACCUGCCAGUGCUCAUCAGUGCCCAUCUGAGCUGCCUUUCAGUGCCGUCUAUCAGUACCGCCUAUCAGUGCCAUAUAUGAGUUCUGCCUUUCAGUGCCCAUCAGUGAUGCCUGCCAAUGCCCAUCAGUGCCACCUAUCAGUGCCUCCUCAUCAGUGCCACCUAUCAGUGUUCAUCAGUGCAGCCUAUCAGUGCCCAUCACUGUAACCUCAUUAGCGCACAUCAGUGAAGGAAAAAAAAUCACUUAUUUACAAAAUGUUAUAA